UUGUUCUCGGUCGUCUGCAGGACUCCAAUUAGAUCGAAUGACCAUGGGAUGCCCAGUUACCUAGGGCCCGAUGAGUCAUCAAACUCUCUAUUUUACCCCCAUGGACGGAAAGGGAGCGAAGCGCACUACAACACUCCAACGCCAACCAAGAGCUGGACAGCGUUGCUGGAGGAGGUGAACGGGAAUCCAUUCAUAAUUGGUGCUGAUACACCUUAAUAUCUAAUCUUGCAAAACGAUACGAUGUUGACAUCUCCUCCGACUUGCCUGACCAACUGAUUUCCUCCCUCUAGUGAAUGACUUCCAUCCGAGAGCCAUCGCUUUCCAAGGCUCUUCACGAAACCGAAGAUCUCGAUCACAGGUGGCAUGUUUCACCUGUGUGCCCUCUCUCGGGAGUGUUCGCUCGUUCAAGCCUUGCCAAUAGUUCCACGCAUCCGGCUGGGAUUGGGAAGGAACGGUUCCUUGGCGGAGACAGCCAGUCACGUUCGAGGCAACGCCAGGAUAAGAUGCCCUCUUCCAGGAGUCACCAUAGGUGCACCACGUCGGUUCACAGAACUCCAGUACGAUACACCUGCAAAUACCGACGGUCUUUUCGAGAAAUGGAAGGGAGUGAGCUGCGCGAAGUCCAUCUCGGUCAUCUAAAAAAUCAUGGUGACAUUGUCAUGCUCUCGCCGUCUCUAUCGGGAUUCCUGACUGGGCAUGUUUCAGCUUACAAUAUUUCCGAGCCGUCGACAACGCGUACUAGGGCGUGCUCAGAUAUCGAAACUCUCUUGGGGUUUCCAAACCCGAAGAGAGCCAUGAUUGCCCGGAGAGAAAAGCAAGGGCUCGGGGGGGCAUAAGAAGGCCCAUAGGAGAUUGAGGCCAAUCGCCAGCCCACAACCGUUUAAUACCGCGUUCAAAAAAUUCGCGACCGAGCAGGACUUGGGGGGUCUUGGGACACAGCCACGGGCCUAGAAUUUGAUUGUCGGUGGUUCUGGCUUUGUUAUCGCUUAGAUCAUGCAGAAGCUUUAACCACUUCAGCUCUUUCGACGGACGGCAACCCCGGCCAAAAGCUUCAACGUCCAUGUCUCCGGAUCGUGAGGGGAAAUAUCACACCAGCGACCUGGUGACAGUUUGCAGGAGCCUACUAAUCCCAGGCGGGCCAU